ACGUUCGAACAUUCAAUAAGAAAUUUUACGAAAAUGUGGUGGUUAAAAACGCUACUUCUAAGUUUAGUUGUUUCAACAGCAAGUGCAGCCACCACAUCUAUACCAACGGAUGUUUCAGCAUACCUGCAGAAUAUAGGAUAUUUCAAUGAUCCUGCCAACAACUUUACCAAUAUAGUAAAUCUUAUUAAUGGCUCUUUGAAGUCCUUGAAUCUGAGUGACAUUGAAGUGAAUAUUAUUUUAAAUCGCCUAGAGGACUCUCAGCCACUGAAUACUGAAAAUAAUAUCGAUGCAAAGGAAUUUGAAACAUCGCUGACAUAUUUAUUUAAAACAAUCCUUAGCACAAAUUUGAAUGUGAAGUAUAUUUUACAAGAAAUGGCAACAGCAGCAAAUAAUCUAACGGUGCAUGAAAUUGUAUAUGAAAUAAUAUGGCAGGAAUUGAACACUGAUCACAACAAAUCGAAUCCAUUUAUAUAUAUCGAACUAUACAAAGAUUUAGAAAGUAUUAUGAAAAACUUUACAAGUGACAAGUUAAUAAGACUACGCCAUGAAAUACAAACAUCAAUAGUGCAAUACAGUGCUCAAAUAUUACAAAGUUACUUUAUACACAAUUCAACAAUAAGAAUGCUAUUGGCGGAGUUAAAGCAACUGGAUAAUUUGUAUCAAACAACAAUACCUCGAGUAUUUUUGCAACUGGAUGGCAUAGAACAUGAAUGGCUGAUAACGGAAGAUCUAUUAGAUUUCGAUGCUCAAACCCAGGAGGCUGUUUAUAAUCAUAUCACCUAUUUGGAGUAUUUAAAGAAUCGCAAUGAAGUUACACCUUAUAGAAUUUACGAAAACCUAGAAAUGUUAAUAGCCCGACCAGAUUUUGUAAACAUUUCGAUAACACAACGUCAAAUAUCAUCCAAACUAUUACCAUUAUCCAUGGGCAAUAUAUUUGCUGCCCAAAAGCUGUGUCUUCGGAAUAUCACAACUAAUUACUAUUUAUAUGAAUGUCCACAAACGUAUUUGAUGUGCACAAAUUUCAUAGCAAAAAAUAUUAAUCCUAUAAAUCGCAAGAAAGCCGCAUUUGAGAUUGAUCGUUUAGGCAAUGAUCUGUAUACCUUGCGCAGUCCAUAUUGGGGGCGUUAUUUACAUUUGCAAGAUACUACUUCAAAGAAUACCCCCUUAGCUAAUAAUAUUAAUAAUAGCAGUAGUAACACAAGUAUUUCGAAAAUAACGAAAAAUCUGUAUAGUCAGACAGAGGCGAGUUCUUGGUUUAUUAAAUUUCAUGGAAAUUAUGCCACUAUUCAAGAUUCAACCAAAAACGUUUAUAUUUGUGGUGGUGAUUCGGCCUACUGGAGUAAUAUGGAAAAAUAUUCGUAUACAAGACCAUCUAAGGAUUUUUAUACAAAACAAAAUGAAUGUUUAUGGUUAUUGGAAGAUUGUAGUGAUGUUGUUUAGUUGGGCAAUUGAUUUUAAUUACAUACAUAGUUAAAAGAAAUUGUGUUAAUAAAUUAAUUAUUUAUUAACACAAUUUAUCUUAGUUUUAAAUUUGUCUUUAAUGAAAUAUGAUAAAAACAUAACAAAUUAAAAUCAAAUAUAUGUAUUAUUAAACGUAA